AUGGCACUGCGAGAGAAUAGCUCAAGCAGUGAGCAUGUGCUCAGAUUGUCUGGGUACUACAAUUGCUUGAAUCAAGUGGGAGUUAAUCUUCCAGAUAAAAUAUUUCAAGAAAAGGGCAAAGGGAAGAAGGGGAACUUCAAGAAGAACGGCAAGCAAGUUGCUGCUCAAGUGAAGAAGCCCAAGUCUGGUCCUAAGCCUGAGACUAAGUGCUUCUACUGCAAAGGGACUGGUCAUAUCGGUGUAAAGCGCAUGAAGAAACUCCAUACUGAUGGACUUUUGGAACCACUUGAUUAUGAAUCACUUGGUACUUGCGAACCGUGCCUCAUGGGCAAGAUGACUAAAACGCCGUUCUCCGGUACUAUGGAGAGAGCAACAGAUUUGUUGAAAAUCAUACAUACAGAUGUAUGUGGUCCAAUGAAUGUUGAAGCUCGUGGUGGGGUAAGGAUCAGAAAGGCCCCCGCUGAGCGCGAGCUCAACCCGAACCGGAAAAGUGCCCUUGAAUUGUCCAUGAGGGCUUUCAUAUUGAAAAGAGAUGGCAAUGUUGUCAACCCAGCUGUCAGGAGCUCUUUUGAUUCAUUGGGUGAAGCCUAUCAAUUCUACAAUUUAUAUUCGUGGGAGCUUGGAUUUGGUAUAAGGUAUUCGAAAAGCAGGCUAAAUGUGGAGCGGGUGAAGUGCAUGCAGGAGAUAGUCUGUGGAUGUGCGGGUAAACCGGAGAGGGAGAAUACAAGAUCAACACGGUGCGGUUGUGCUGCCCGGAUCAGGCUGCUUCGGUCGGACGACAAUGGAUGGUAUAUUUCAGAGCACCGGGCGGCACACAACCACUCUUUGUCAAGCACUUGUGGUGAGAAGAUGCAUUGGCCGUCACACAGGCUCAUUGACCGGUAUACUAAGGAUCUUGUUAGGCAGCUUAGAGAGAACAAUGUCAGUCUUGGAAAGGUUUUUAGUAUAGUUGGUAGUUUUUUUCGAACAGUUGAUAAUGUGCCAUUUACAAAACGGUCACUGAAGACGCUGUGUUGCAAGUUGAACAAGGAGCAGUCUGAUUCAGAUGCCCGGAAAACAAUGGACAUACUUGCGGAGAUGAAGGCAAAGGAUCCAGAAUUCAACUAUACUGUCCAGGUUGAUGACGAGAACCAGGCGCGGUCAAUGGAAUUGGCUAUAGAAACAGAGAUGCCCAAUACAACGCAUAGGUGGUGUAAAUGGCAUGUGCUGAAGAAAGCAAAGGAAUCAAUGGGGGUUUUGUGGAGCAAGAAAACUGAUUUCAAAAGUGAAUUUCAUAAGCUGGUUCAUCACAUGGUCACGGAGCAAGAGUUCGAGGAUGGAUGGUCUGCGAUGCUUGAUAAAUAUUCACUGAGAAUUUUGUGUUUUGAUAUGUUUCAGAGUGGGGUUUUGUUGCGAGUAAAUCUUCCAAUUGAGAGGCAUGCUAGCAAGAUAUACACAAGGGCAAUGUUUGAGCAAUUUGGAGAUGCUUUGUACAAGGCAGGGGUCUAUGAACUGGAUGUUGUUGUCCUGAAAAAUAUAUACAUUCUUACUCACGUUGAUGCUCUGGCAAGAGAGAAAUGGAGCAAAGUACAGUUCAAGGUUGAAGUCGAUGAUGAUCAGAGUUUCUUUAAUUGCGAAUGUGGGAUUUUUGAGCACUCUGGAAUGGUUUGCUGUCAUUCGUUGAAGGUUAUGAUUGAGCUCAAAUUGAGCAAGAUCCCAGAUAAGCACAUACUAAAACGCUGGACUAGGGAUGCCCGCGAUAUAUUGCCGGAGCACCUUGUUCGAUACCAGAAGGACAGAGGGCCGCAUGGUUUUGAUACUUACAGGCACAACGCCAUGUACAUGAAGGCGCUUGAAUGUGUUAGGCUGGGCGAUAGUAAUGUGAAGUGCUAUGAUGUUUUCAUGGCCAUGAUGAAGGAGGUUUACACAACUCUUCUCCCCCUAAGCCAUGACAAGGAUGGUAUGGGACUCGAAGAGCGUGAGGCUUUGGAGCAGAGAGCCAAAGAUGGUACCCAUGGUGAAAAAAAUGCUGAUGCAUGUAUUAAUAUUGUUGACGGGAAUGCAUUGUCAAACUGUUCUUGGAUUGCUCCUGCAAAAGAGAUGGGCCAGCCGGGGAGGCCAACCACUAGCAGAGACAAGGCUCCGUAUGAAGAUAAAAUGAAGAGGUCAAGGUUUUGUGCGAUAUGCCGGGUGAAGGGGCACAAGAGCACGACAUGUCCAGAAAGGGGAGAUAUUCCGAAAGCUCCAAGGAAGAUGCCUAAGUGUGGGAAAUGUGGAGUGCUCAGACAUCGUCGAAACUCUUGCGGAAAGCGGGCAGAACCCUUUGUGCCUAAUUUCCUGUAGUUUAUGUCGUCAGCAAAUUUGGUUUGUGUUUGUAUUUGUAGCUUGGGUAGAAAUGUAUUGUUGAUAUCCAGGCUUACAAUGAG